AUGUAUGUUUUCAAAGUCCUCCCUCAGUUCGCUAGUUGAAUUAGAAGAAAAAUAGUCAGUCAGUCUUUUCAAUCUAAUAAAAUCAAAACCAAUAAUGGGAUUAAAAGAGGACUUUGAUCAAGCUGCAGCUGAAGUGAAAAAAUUAAAAGCUUCACCAUCAAAUGAUGAUUUAUUAGUUCUGUAUUCAUUAUUUAAGCAGGCAACUGUUGGUGAUAAUAGCACAGAAAAACCGGGAAUGCUCGACUUUAAGGGAAAAGCAAAAUGGCAGGCCUGGUUUGAUCGUAAGGGAAUGUCAGCCGAUGAUGCUAUGAAACAAUACGUUGAGAAGGUCAAUUCUCUUAUCGCUUCGAUUGGACUCGCUUAAACUGAAACCAUAGAUUUUAAUUGUAAAGGUUCCAUCAGAUAUCGAUAUUAAUAUUAUUUGAAUAUUUGGACUUUUGAAAUGUACAGCCAGGCUACUGUCUGUAUAAUUACUACUAUUGUUGGUGUUUGACUGUAAAGGUCAUCUUUGAAAUAAACACAUUUGAAUUUACUUCUAUAUAUAUGCACAGCAUAUUCACACGAAUUAA